GGCCUCCGGAGUAGGAAGAUAUCGAUUGACUCGGCGCUCGGCUUCUGACUUAUCUGCGUUCGAUUGAGGAGUGUGGCCAUCCUCUUCCGGCUGCCGGGCGGCUCUUCCGGCUCUGGCUUCAAGCGGACGGCGCAAGCUUCAGGCUCUUUGAAGGGUUUUACCCAAACAUGGAUAUUAGACCAAAUCACACGAUUUAUAUAAACAAUAUGAAUGACAAAAUUAAAAAAGAAGAAUUGAAGAGAUCCCUGUAUGCCCUAUUUUCCCAGUUUGGACAUGUGGUAGAUAUCGUGGCUUUGAAGACCAUGAAAAUGAGGGGGCAGGCUUUUGUCAUAUUUAAGGAAUUGGGCUCGUCCACAAAUGCUUUGAGACAGUUGCAAGGAUUUCCAUUUUAUGGUAAACCUAUGAGAAUUCAGUAUGCAAAAACAGAUUCCGAUAUAAUAUCUAAAAUGCGUGGCACUUUUGCUGACAAGGAAAAGAAAAAGGAAAAGAAGAAAGCUAAAACCAUGGAACAGGCUGCAGCAGCUGCAAACAAAAAGCCUGGUCAGGGAACACCAAAUUCAGCUAAUGCUCAAGGAAACGCAGCACCAAACCCUCAGGUCCCUGAUUACCCUCCAAACUAUAUCCUCUUCCUGAAUAACUUACCAGAAGAGACGAACGAGAUGAUGCUGUCCAUGCUGUUCAAUCAAUUCCCUGGUUUCAAGGAAGUUCGCUUGGUACCCGGGAGACAUGACAUUGCAUUUGUAGAAUUUGAAAAUGAUGGGCAGGCUGGAGCGGCCAGAGAUGCUCUACAAGGGUUUAAGAUAACACCAUCCCAUGCCAUGAAGAUUACCUAUGCCAAGAAAUAACACUUGGAAUGCCAGUUUUGAAGGACUUGGUGUUAUUUAUAGUGUUUGUUUUGAUCUCAUUCUGUCAAGUCAUUUUAACUGGUUGGAAGUGAGACUGAAGUUUGCAAGAGAAAGGCACCUAAGUUUUUUUUGUUUUGUUUUAGUUUUGGUGAACUAUGAACAAAAAAGCCUUAAUUUUGUACAAUAAACAUGUAUUUGUAUUCUGUGUACUUAGCAUUGUUUGCUAGUCUUUUGUCCUACCAUCAAACACUUAUUUCAGUAUAGAGCACAUCUGAAAGUAUGUAAAACUCCAUAGAGGAGGGUUUUGUUAUUUUGGAGUAGCAAAUGAUACAGAUACUAAUGAAACCAUCUUUAGAAAUUGACUGCUUUUCAAAUACAGCGCACAAUGAAAGAUUUUUGAUAUUCUUGUUUUAGCAUUUCCUUAAAACUCCUCUAGAACUUAGAAUUUAUCUUGUGUGCCUACAAAAAGAUCAUUUUUAGAUUUAGGUAGAGACUUUAUUACUCAUAAAUGUAUUAAGAGGGGAUAAGCAAAAAAUUGUUCCUAAGGAGGCUGGAGAGAUGGCUCAAUGGUUAAGGACACCAGCUGCUCUUCCAGAGGUCAUGAGUUCAAUUCCCAGCA